CCAAGAUGUCAGUUUUCCGACAAUCGCCAUGGACACCAGAUCGUACACGGAUUUCUCUAUCGUUUCAGCGAAGUAUAUAACAAAGUACACAGGAGUAUGGCUACCACAAAAUGUGACUGAAGAACGGCAAAGGAAGAUAUCAGCGACGUAUACCGCCGGUGCACUUUUGUAUGGGAUAUACCUGCAUGUGGUAGAUAUUUACAACUCGUGGGGUGAUGCAACUCGUUGUAUGUAUCUGACAAUGAACAUGAUGUGUAUCGGUAUGUCAACAAUUAAGAUGCUCAUCCUAAACUUUAAUAGAGCUAAGUUGACAGACGCUUUUUUCUACGCGGAACGGCACUUCUGGCAUUGCAAAUAUACUCCCGAGGAACGACUGAUUUUUGCUGUAUCUGUAAAAUAUUGCACACGGUAUGCGAUCUUCGCAAUCGCUUUUCUACAUCUCAGUUUGUCCGGAUAUGUGGUCACACCUAUUGUUGAAAACCUUGGACGAAAUAAAUCGGACAGAGUACUUCCAUUCAAGAUGUGGGUCGACUGGCCCUUAUCUGAGACACCGUAUUUCGAACUAAUGUUUACUUUUCAGGUGAUCUCCGCAUACGUAAUUGGCAUCUCGUACAUUUCCCCUGAAAUGUUUUUAUGCGUCUUUAAUCUGCACGUAAUGGGUCAAUUUCGCAUACUACAAUACAGAAUAUUGAAUUUCUGGAAUGUCGAAAGCAAAGAGAUGAACGCAAUCAUGUACACCGAUCAUUGUUAUACAGCUCUCAAGAAGUGCGUACAACAUCAUCAAUUAAUUAUUGAAUUCUGCAUGAAGCUCGAACAAAUAUAUACCAUGACGAUUUUUGUGCACGUGGCAAUUUUAAGUCUGUUAAUGGGAUUGGAUUGCUACGAAAUAAUUGUGGCAGACACAAGUAGGUCCAUGCUUCUCACUUUCGUAUUCCACGUAAUUGGCAGCCUGAUUCACCUUUGUUUCCUUACGUACACUUGCCAUUUUAUGAUAGAAGAAAGCACCAACAUUACUACAACGGUAUAUUCCGGAUUGUGGUGCACUUUGCCAAUGAACAAAGUUGGCAGAUCAAUACGAUCAGAUAUGAAAUUUAUUAUGAUAAGAUCGUUGAAACCGUGCUGUCUGACGGCUGGUGGAUUUUUUCCUGUGUCUUUGGAGACUUUUACUGCGCUUUUAAGUUCUACAUUUUCCUACUUUACCUUGAUGAGGGAGUCGAUGAUGAGAACCGAGGGCGAAUAGUAUAUAACAGAUUAAUAUGUAUUGACAGCGACUCUAGAAAUAUAUAAAAGUGUAGGAAG